AUGCACCGAUUCCCCUCCUUGAACACCAGUGUCGUGUUUCGGACACCGUCCUGGCGCCGCGAUGAUGGGAGCCCGAAGAGUGCAUCUAGCCCAAUCAUCCGCUGGAAAUCCCAUAACGAGGUCUUUCGGCGCUUCUCUGAUGACGCGAUAGAAGGCGAAGCAGGAGUUGAUCGGUCGACAUUUGAGAAAGCCGAGGCAGCGUACAGAAACGCUGUCAAGUCACUUCACUCUCAUCUCAAUAAGGACGAAGUUGCCGCAGUUCUAUCGAAAAGCACUGUUGGCAAGCAGAACCUUCAUCGGAUUGCUUGGGAUAUACAACGUACUAAAGAGGCGAAGCUAAGGGAAGGAAAGAAGAAGAAACUUAUCGAGUGCUUGGAUCAUUCCCAGGGAGUCUUUGAUAUUCUGUCGCAAGCGGAGGUCUCAGGUCUACCGUUGAUCUGGGGCGGGUUGAAGUUUGUACUCCUGAAUAGGAUACGAGGGUCCAUCGCGCUGUAUCCGACUCCGCGAAUGCUCGAGUUCUCGUCCGAACUAUAUGCGGCGAUCGUUGAGUUCCUGGAAAAGGUCAUAAGAGAUGCGAAGAAUGCAGAGAAAAAUAUUUUAAAGCGCGCGAUAACGACCUUUUUACAGCCUUUUGAGGUCAGAUAUGGAGAAUUAGUGGCGAAGAUGAAGAAGACACAACGAGACAUCCGCGAGGACGCAGAGCUAUGUUUUCAUGUCAGGCAGGCAAUGACAAACCACGCCAUAGACAAACACCAGGCUGUAUUGCGGCUUCAAAGGCAUUCGAUGCACCAAGCUUUCAAAUACGUCGCUGAAAACCCUACAGCAGACCUUUUCAAAGCGAUACGGAAGAAGUUGUUCAAGAAUUUCGAAGUCCAAGCAGGAUUCCACCAGGAGCUGCAAGCUGCAUAUGAGGUCACUACGUCAAAAGCUAUGGAGCAGAAAUACGUUCCAUCGGGAUACUCUCAUGAGACAAAAGGAGAAUGCGACGCCCCGGAUCCGCAGCAGGCCUUGGUCUGGAAAAAGCAGCAGCGCAAGUCUGCGUCGCACGUCCCGUCGGCAUAUCUGAUCUGGACGCGCGGGAAGACGGCGCAAUCGGCGAUAGCGUCACUCGCGGACCAGAUCCUGGUCCAGAAGACAGAGGUCAUGAUAGACGCCGGGAUCGAUUUGGACCAGUUCAAGGAGGCCAACAACAAUGUGGAGUCUCUCUGGAAGUUCUUCACCUAUCUUACAACGGUUCUCGGUGGUUGCAUGAUUUACAUCACCAUCUGGUCUGAGUUUGCCAUUGUCGGUAAAUUUGUGCGGAUGGCGAAGAAUUGGAAGGGGCCGCCUGUCAAUGUGACGCUCAUUCAUCCUUUCAGCGAUAACUUUGCAAGAACGGAUGAUGUCGUGAUACUCGAUGACAAGUACGAUCACGUGCUACUGCUAGAAAUCAACUCUGAGAGGAAGAUCUCCGACACUAUACGGAGCCUCUUGUGGGAGAUGGUCUGGCGGGAAGUACGAUACGCCGUCAUUGGUAUUGCUCUCACGCAAGAAGAAGCGGCUGGAGUGCAAGUUGACAUUGCUGGUCUUUGAGCAAGACGAGAAGCUUGGCUUGCAACUGACGUUCGCGCAGCGGGAGGCCAUAUGAGUCGACGUGCAGGAAGCCGUAAAGCUAGGAACGGCUGAGAUGUUUUGUGAAAAUGUAGAGGAAAUUAUAGCUGCGAUGCUUGAAGACCAUCGUAAUGAAGGCUCAGAAGGAAAGAAAAGUGUGAAAGGCUUGUCUUUCCCUGUCAUCGAUGCGUAUUUUGGUAAGGGCGGGCGGUGAAAAGAUUCGUUUUCU